AUAGAUAAGCGAGUACAUAUAUUGCGCUCAUCUUCAUAUUUUUCUUCUCAUCAGCUUCAUCAACUGCUCUCAUCACAUCCUCACACUACCAUCUUCGAGCUUGAAUGAACAAUUUACUUUACUCCGGCAUCAUCAAACAAACAAACAAACAAACACUUCUCUGCCUUCAACGCAUUUACACACAUCAUCGUCGAGAUGCAACUCAUUAAUAUCAUUAUUCUCUCUCUUGGCCUUAGUGCCUCCGCCAUUCCAGUUCCUGGCGAUGACCAUUCCGUCUCACACAAUGGCGGAAAAAAAGGUGGCAAGAACGAUAAUUACGGUAAUUAUGAUAACUAUGGGGAUCAUGGUAGCAAUGGAAAUCACGGCCAUGACCAUGACUAUGAUAAUAACGGAGAUCAUGGCAAGAAUGGAGGUAAAAAAGAUUAUGGCGGAGUAUCUCACUCAUACAGAGAUGAGAAGCAUGACGAUUAUGGAUGGAAUAAGGGUUAUGGUGGAGAAUAUAACAAUGGCGACAAGAACGGCAAUUACGGUAAUUCUCAUGGAUAUGGUGGAGUUUCCAACUCAUAUGGAGAUAAUAAGAACGACAAUCAUGGAUAUGGUGGAGGAUAUGGAGAAGGCUCUAUUCACAGAAGAGGCGGCAGAGAAGACAAGCAUGAUAAUGACGGCAAACAUGGCAAGGGCAACAAACAUUAUGAUGACAAGCAUGGUGGUGGAAAGCAUGACGAUGAUAAACAUGACGAUUAUAAGCACGGUAGAGGAAAACGUGACAACGACAAACACGACAACGACAAACACGACAACGACAAACACGACAAUGAUAAGCACAACGGUGGAAAACAUGAUAACGACAAGCACGACAGCGACAAGCACAAGCACAACAACGACAAGCACGGUGGUGGAAAACAUGAUGAUAACAAGCACGGUAGUGGAAAGCGUUCUGAGGACAAAAGCGAAAACGAUAAGUAUGACAACGACAAGCACGACGACGGUAGCCAUGACGAUAAGCAUGAUGGGGGAAAGCAUAACGAUGAUAGCCAUGACGACAAGUAUAAUGAUGAUAGCCAUGACGACAAGCAUGACGACAAGCACGAUGACAAGCACAAUGACAAACAUGACAACAAGCACGACAACGACAACGACAACAACAACAACUACGGAUGGAACAAAGGCUCCAGCGAAUAUUCCUCCUGGUAAAAUUUCCACACCCCAGCACACCCAAAUCACGCAUACCACCCUUCCGCCU